CUAUCGCCUUCCGCAUAUCGAAAUCGGAUGGGCGACGUGAAAGAAACGGCUCCGGCGAAAUCAUUAAAAUUUAAUUAGUUAACCGCAAGGGAGCGCUGCAAAAUUGUGCAAACAAUUUGCCACUUAACGUAGUUAACGUGUGCGGUGAUCAGAAGCGUGGAAAAGCGUUUAUUUGCCAGGAUUUGUGUGUUUUUCAAUCGCGGCAGCAGCAUAUGUACACACACACACGCUCACCCCCGCCCCACUCACACACACACACUAACGGCUAGGUGUAUUAUAAUUAAAGUUGUGUUUUAAGUGUGUGUAAAGUGCAAUAGCCCAGUGGAAAGUGGAAGUGAAAUAGAGUGCGUUCCAGGAGUUCCAGGAGCAGUGUCUUAGCCCAUGUCUUCCUGUCCCAAAUCCUGAGGAUUGCUAAGGGUUAAGGCUGAGAAAUACGGUCUAGGACUUCCCGGAUAAGGAUACGGAUACGGAUAAGGAGUGCCAGGAUAAGGAGAUCCAGGAGGAAUAUAGGAGUUGCCAGUCCAACCGCUUCGUCUCCGCAAUUAUGCAUUGGCUAGAGGCGAUUUGCAGCAAGCUUAGAGUGCCAGCGAGCAACUGCAACACAUAACCAAACCAUCAAAGACUUGUUCAUCAACUCCAACCCCAACUCCAAGUCCACCAACACUGAGCCACCGCCUCUUGCCUCCAGGAGCAGCACCAGGAGCAUCAGGGCAGUCCCAGCUGGAGGAGCAGGAAUCCCCCCGCGGUGGAGGAGCAGCCAGUCUGGAAUGUUGGAACACCCCCAGCGGUUCGUGCGCAACAUCCCCGACUCCUCAGCCAGUUCGCAGCAAUAUCCGCAGCAGCAGCAUCCGCCACAGCUGCCGCAGCACCAGAAUCUUAAUCUGAAUCUCAACCAGAAUCAGAACCAGAACCAGAAUCAGAUCUACCAGUACCGUCCCCAGGUGCCUGUGCCCGUUCCCGGCUCACCUGCCCACCACCAGCGCCACUCUUCGCUCUCCCAGCAACAGCAGUUGCACCACCACCGCACCCUGUCCACCGCCUCCUCCUGCAGCGCCCAGCACAAAAGUGUGACCUUCGGCCAGCCAGCGCUCGACUGCGGCGGCAACGGCAGCGGUAGCGCCAACGGAAGCGGUAGCGGCAACUCCUCCAGUGGCAGUGCCGCCGGCAACGCUGGAACCCAAUCAAUGGCGGGCAACAUGAAGCACGGCAAAUCUCAGGACGACGUCUGCUACGUGGUAGCCAAGUACGACUAUGCGGCGCAAGGUGCCCAGGAGCUGGAUCUGCGCAAGAACGAGCGCUAUCUGCUGCUAGACGACUCUAAGCACUGGUGGCGCGUCCAGAACAGCCGCAACCAGUCCGGCUACGUGCCCAGCAACUAUGUGAAGAAGGAGAAACCCUCGCUCUUCGACAGCAUUAAGAAGAAGGUGAAAAAGGGCUCCGGAUCGAAGACGCUGCCCAAUUGUUCGCCCUCGCGACAGAUCGAGAGUCCAACCAUGUCGCGCCGACUGCCCCCAGAUCCCGCAGAGGCCAUCGGAACGGCUGUGGUCAAGUAUAACUAUCAGGCCCAGCAGCCCGAUGAACUAUCGCUAACCAAGGGCACGCGUAUCCUCAUCCUGGAGAAGUCCAACGACGGAUGGUGGCGUGGACAGAGCGGCAAUUCCGUCGGCUGGUUCCCCAGCAACUACACAACGGAGGAUUGUGAUAACGACGGUGAGAUCCACACCUACGCCAUGGCCGAGAACGUGCUUGAUAUUGUGGUCGCCCUUUACAGCUUCACGUCGAACAACGACCAGGAGCUCUCGUUCGAGAAAGGCGAUCGCCUGGAGAUCGUGGAUCGGCCCGCCUCCGAUCCAGACUGGUACAAAGCUCGCAACAAUCAGGGCCAAGUCGGUUUAGUUCCACGCAAUUAUCUCCAAGAGUUGAACGACUACCUGGCCACGCCCUAUCGUAACACGAGUGCCAGUGCAGGAAACGGAAACGGAGGAGGAAGUAACGGCGGAGCAGGAGGCGGCGGAGGAGGUGACUCCAUGGAGCGACGAAAUGAGGGUAAUAAGCCGGCGGCGCAAUCCUCCGGCCAGCCAAUUGAGCGGCCAAAUCUGGCGGGCAAGUCGUGGUACUAUGGCGCCAUCACCCGUAGCCAGUGCGACACGGUGCUCAACGGCCACGGGCACGAUGGCGACUUCCUCAUCAGAGACAGUGAGACUAACAUGGGUGACUAUUCGGUUUCGUUGAAGGCCCCAGGGCGCAACAAGCACUUCCGCGUGCACGUGGAGCAGAAUAUGUACUGCAUUGGGCAGAGGAAGUUCCACUCGCUGGACCAACUGGUCGAUCACUACCAAAGAGCGCCCAUCUACACGAACAAGCAGGGCGAAAAGCUGUAUCUGGUGCGAUCGCUGCCGAAGGCCAAUGGCACGUAAGCAGGGUGAAAGGCCAGGACCAGAGCAGCGGCAUCUCAGCAUUCAUAUUACCCGUAUUCAACAACACACAUAUGCAACACAAAGAUAUACCAAGGCUAACUUGUAGGCAGCUCAGCUCAGCGCGACGUGUAGUUCAACGUAGUUCGGUUUGGAUAUUCAAUUAUGGACUCAGUUUUGGAUUAGAUCAGACCAGCGUGUGUAUAUAGAUCGGUUGGUUCAAUGCGACCCGUACAUACAUAUAGCCACGGCCAAAGGACCUUUUUGUACUUUUAUAUAAUUGAAUUAACUAAAUUACCGCUUAAUUACCGCAUUGGCUAUGUUAACGAGAAACGAAAAACUCAAGAACUCAUAAUUGCAUUCGAUUCGAUUUGAGCAAAUCUAGAUGUCAACAUGCAAUACAUUUACAUAUUUACAUACCGUACAUGUGCACAUAUUAUACUAUAUUCUAAAGCAAAGUUGUAGCUUCCCUAUGUACACAGAGAAAAGAGGCCGCUUUUAAUCAGAACACUCGAACAUGUAAUAUGAGAUAUGAGAUAUGAUAUGAUACGAUAUGAUAUGAUGUCUAUUAUCCCCGCGUUUACCAUAAGCAAAAUGUGUACGAUCGUAACCAAUCCGCAUAGAUAUCGAUUUCGUGUAUGUACAUACAUAGGUGAGACAUCCUGAUCCUGGAUCCAGGACACUCAACCCACAAAGCCAGAGUGAGGAAUACGCUCCUACAGUCAUUUUUGUUAUUUAUCCAUUUAAUUAUCGACUACGACAUAACCACGCAAAACAAAUACACUUGAUAUCUCCGGGCGGAGUCUGCUCCCCGCAUUAUUAUAAACAUAAUCUAAUCGUUUGCUGGCGUGGAGAGGGGCGGCGACUUAUACGCGUAUAAGCCAUACUGUACAGUUGAUGCAAUGCUAACCUAGGCACUCUUUCAUCUCUAGAUAUACGUGUACUCUUAUUUACGAUUAUUAUUACGAUAGUAGAACGCAGCGAUUCCAGCUUUAACUUUUGUUUUCAAUUAUUGCUAUUAUUUGUUUAUUAUUACCAUUACGAUUAUUAUUUUGUGUUUAUUUAGCUCUAGGAAAGUAAUUAGCGAAGGAACGGAACGAUAGAAAGGAGUGGCUGCCAGUUAAAUGACUUGACUUUUCUUUCACACGCGAAUUUUUAAAUUAUAAAUCUACAUUAUACGACUACGUAACAUAAAACUUAAAUAAUUUAUAGUAAUUUAAACAAUUGCUAAACCAACUAGUACUAAAGACGAAGAGAACAAACUAGAAAUUAUACCGAAACGGAAAUGAAUAAAAAUACAUUCAAAUAAAACAAA